AUCUGCGCAGCCCGCAAAUGGAUCGCCACAGAUUGUAAACCGGCGGCUCGGCGAGUAACUCGAAGAAAACGAGAAGGAAGAGAGAAAACAAGAAAAAGCCAGAAAAGAACAGGGCAGAAAUAGGGGGAUAACUCGGGCUCUAUUUGAGGGGCCGAUUCCGAAUAGCUUCACACUCUCGACCAAAUUCCCAAGCUCCCGCUACGAUGCUGUUCGCUGUCGUUGCAACUCUGGUCGGCGGCCUGGCGUCGUUUGCGGCGGCUAAUCUGCCGGGAACGCUGCCUUCAUAUCACUAUGGCGCGCCAAUUCACAUCGAGUGCAUGAACCGAAGCUCUGACACGGGCGAACAUGUCGAACUCCCCAACCACCAGCUGCAAUGGAUCCCCUUCCCGACCUGCAACGAAACCGGCGAGCCUCUGCAGUUCCAGUACGGCGUCGAGGGCGAGCUCAACUGCACCAUCCCCCUCAUCACCGACCCCUUCUUCCACCUGCUCGAGUUCUACAUCCACAACGAUGCGCCGCUCUCGUGCCGCCUGCCCGCCCGGCCUCCCGCCCACGUCGAGGUCAUUGGCGAGAAGCUGCCCGAGCAGGAAUACAUCCCGCUGAUAUUCGCCCUGGCCGGCACCCUGCAGCUCAGUCACAUGCACAUCAGCACGCACAUGAACGUGCUGCUGCACAGCGAGCCCAAGCACCACACGCAUCACCACGACAGCGGCGUGAUUGACUCGGCCGUUUCCUACAGCACCAGUCCGCUGAGCCACAUGGCCGGGUCCUACACCAAGAAGCUUGUGAUUGGAGAUCCGCUGCCGUUUACCUUCUCCGUGCGAUGGUUCCCGACCCCGAUGCUGCCCAAGACAGAGGGCAAGGUGGAGUGGCAGGGUCUGGGUGGACACAUCUAUGCAAGCACCGUCUUCUACAGUAUCGUCUCGUUCAUUGCCGGCCUCUUGGUGGCUGGCAUGUACACGAUGGGCGUGAUCCUGCCCAGGAGGCUCAAGGGACGGACCAUGGGGGGGGCUACACCGCUGGGCUACGGCGUGGGUAAUGGGUGGGGAUACUCUAAGAGAAAGGACUAAGGGAAUGGUGGUGAGGCUUGUUUUGUAUCAUGUACUUGUAUGAGAUGACGGAGACUGGAGUUUGGGUGGCUACCGCGUAUUUGAAAAGGAGUGUUAUCAACUCCCGGAAGAUUUUGGAAGAUUUUGGUUUCUAAUACAUUGUAUUACUCUCUUGACAUGAUGGUUUGGAAUGUAAAAUGACUAUGCCUCCGUGGUAUUAGAAGUCCACAUUCACUGCGUCUUUGCCUUGGAACCAGGCUGGCUGACACGAGGCAGCAGACGCAAAUACAUGUCCACGGCCAACAAAGCAGGGAUGACAGCAAACGGCAAAUACGUGCCAUACAGCAACGACCCUUUCUUGUCCUCGCUCACCAUAUCGUCGCCCAUGUGCAGCAACUCGAAGCAGCACGCUGCAGAGCCCAUAAACGUAACUGACCCAAACGCCAGUCCAGCAAGCUCAGCAGGUCCUGAAGUCGCCUUGGUAGAAGCCAAUUGAUAGACAAGAUAUGCCGCGAGAGGGAAUUGAACGAGACCCUCGAUGUAGAGAAAGAUUUCGAACCACGGCUGGUGAGACUCGUGGGCGAAGAAGGGAUCGCCGGUGGACGAGACGUACCAGGCGCGGAGGGAGAGGAGGAAGUGGAGGGGGGAAGAGGGGGGUUGGUAGAGCUCCUUGGGAUAGAAGGCGACGAGAUCAAUAGCUAGCAUGCCGAGGAGCUGGGUGCCGAUGAUGAGGAGGUAGAUCCAGUCGCGCAGGGCUUUCCGUUGAGACGCCAUUUUUGAGAUGUUUAUUGUUUAUACAGCUGAAUUGAUGAGAUGCAGAUUGAGGAUGAAGCUGUAAAAACUGUUGGUGUGUAAGUGGUGAUGGGAAUUGCUGACAUG